UGUAUUGAGGUGCAUGCAGGGUGUUUAGGACCCAGGGGAAGACCGGGGGCGGCUCCCUGGACAGCGGGAGAUUUCGUCCCCCGCCCCCGCCCCCGGGUGAGCGUUUCAGAUGUCUUGGUAGUCGCGGCUCUGGCGCUCCGCACCCUCCGUCUGCGGCAGCGGGGGCUGGAGGCCCCGGCCCCUGCCCGGCCCGGUCCUCCAACCUCAUGCCUCAGCCCUAACACCGCCGCCCUCCCCUGCGGGGGGCGUUUCUCCGUGCCCCCCGCCCGCCCCGUCCACUUCGGGCGCCAUGAACGACCAGUACCACCGGGCAGCCCGGGAUGGCUACCUGGAGCUCCUCAAGGAGGCCACCCGGAAGGAGCUGAAUGCCCCCGACGAGGAUGGCAUGACCCCCACUCUCUGGGCUGCCUACCAUGGCAAUCUCGAGUCGCUGCGUCUCAUUGUGAGCCGCGGGGGUGACCCGGACAAGUGUGACAUCUGGGGCAACACACCCCUGCAUCUGGCAGCUUCCAAUGGCCACUUGCACUGCCUGUCCUUCCUGGUGUCCUUCGGGGCCAACAUCUGGUGCCUAGACAACGACUACCACACGCCGCUGGACAUGGCUGCCAUGAAGGGCCACAUGGAAUGCGUGCGCUACCUGGACUCCAUCGCGGCCAAGCAGAGCAGCCUCAACCCCAAGCUGGUGGGCAAGCUGAAGGACAAGGCCUUCCGCGAGGCGGAGCGGCGCAUCCGCGAGUGCGCCAAGCUGCAGCGGAAGCACCACGAACGCAUGGAGCGGCGAUACCGGCGCGAGCUGGCCGAGCGUUCCGACACCCUCAGCUUCUCCAGCCUCACGUCCAGCACCCUGAGCCGCCGGCUGCAGCAUCUGGCGCUGGGCAGCCACCUGCCGUACUCUCAGGCCACGCUGCACGGCACGGCCAGGGGCAAGACCAAGAUGCAGAAGAAGCUGGAGCGGCGCAAGCAGGGCGGCGAAGGCACCUUCAAGGUGUCCGAGGAUGGGCGCAAGAGCGCCCGCUCGCUCUCGGGCCUGCAGCUGGGCAACGACGUGAUGUUCGUGCGCCAGGGCACCUACGCCAAUCCCAAAGAGUGGGGCCGAGCCCCGCUCCGGGACAUGUUCUUCUCGGACGAGGACAGCGUCUCCCGUGCCACGCUGGCGGCCGAGCCUGCCCACUCGGAGGUCAGCACCGACUCAGGUCACGACUCCCUGUUUACCCGCCCCGGCCUGGGCACCAUGGUGUUCCGCAGAAAUUACUUGAGCAGUGGGCUGCACGGACUGGGCCGCGAGGAUGGGGGUCUGGAUGGGGUGGGAGUGCCGCGGGGUCGGCUGCAGAGCUCCCCCAGCCUGGACGAUGACAGCCUGGGCAGUGCCAACAGCCUGCAGGACCGCAGCUGUGGGGAGGAGCUGCCCUGGGAUGAGCUGGACUUAGGCUUGGACGAGGACCUGGAGCCCGAGACUAGCCCGCUGGAGACCUUCCUGGCCUCUCUGCACAUGGAGGACUUUGCCGCCCUCCUGCGGCAGGAGAAGAUCGACCUCGAGGCUUUGAUGCUGUGCUCUGACCUCGACCUCCGCAGCAUCAGCGUCCCACUGGGGCCCCGAAAGAAGAUCUUGGGGGCCGUGAGGAGGCGGCGGCAGGCGAUGGAGCGCCCGCCGGCCCUGGAGGACACAGAGCUAUAACGGGGUCUCCUCUCCCCAGACCAAAAUGAAUUGCAAGUUGCCACAACCUAUGGUGGGGUAUCGAGGUCCUCACAGUUGCCAGCCCUGCAGCCCCCUUCCCCAGGAGCAAGGACCAGUUGGGGCGACUCCUUUGAAAGUCUGUCUGCACCUUGAAGCUGAGGGUGUGGCCUGGAGGCACCAGAGGGGCAAGAGAAUGUUCCGGAACUCCAGUUCUGAGGGGUCUUGAAGGCCCUGAGCCACCCAUUCUGAGCAGCCGUAAAGGACAUGUAGACUUGGGGGAGGCCUGCCCCAGAGGGAGGGCAGGGGCAUCGGAACUGGAUGAGAGUGUGGGAGGUGGAUGCGGGAGGGUGAACCUGUCCCGGGCGCCGUGGCCUCUCCCACCCCACCCCUGAUGGUCUUGUUCUCUUGUGCUCAGGCCAGAGACUUGCUGACUUCCUGCAUUGUUGUGAAGGGAAGAGUUUGGGCUGCCUCCCCUCCUCCCGUCCACCCCAGAGGGGAAGUUCCUCAGCCAGACUCUUCAGCCAAACGCCCCAACUUUCAGUCUGUACCCCAUCCCAAGCAUAGCCAGCACCCCCUCCUUCACCUAGUGGCCAAGGCCCGGAGCUGGAAAGCCGGGUUGGGGUGGGGUGGGGGUACUGACGCCCUUCCCAGCUCAUCCAGGGGUGGAGCCUGGCCUGUCUUCCUCCAACCUCCCCCUUUUUCGUUGUGCAGCCUGGCCCCCCAGGGACCCCAGAGGGCCAGGGCGCUAGAUGCAAGGUGCUAGACCAACAGGCUGCAGUAUUAUAGCCCCCAGGCCUGGCAGGCAUGCGCUGGGCUAGAGAAAGGUGUCCACCAACCUCCUCAGUCUCCCAGGCCUGGGACAGGCAGAACAGGGUGUGGCUGGGUGUCAGGCCUGGGGUGGGUAAGUCCUGCGAUGUGGACACUGGAGAAAGUGGAUCAUCUAAACUGCAGAUUGUCCCCAGGUCACCAGGGCUGUGUGCGUGUGCAUGUUUGUGUGCAUGUAUGCGUGUGUGCGUGCAUGUGUGUGUAAGUAUGUGGUGUGUGUGAGCACGGGUGUAUGCUUGGGUGUGUGUGCGUGUGUGUUCUUGCAUACAUGUGUACGUGUGUGUGCACGUGAACACGUGCGUGUUUGUGUGUGUGCAUGCGUGUGUGUGCAUGUGUGUGUGCAUGUGUGUGUGUGCAUGUGUGCGUGUGUGCACACUCACGUUGGGUGGUGUUUGGUAGGUUUCCCUCCAGGUCUGGUAGGGACUGGGCUGUUGCAUGAUUCUGCGUGGAUCGGGGGUAAGGGAGAGCUCACCUGUGUCCCAGCCCUCUGAUGGUGGUGAGACCAGGGGAAAGGCCAGCUCAGAGGGUGGUCACAGCAUGUGUCCUCUGACGUAUGCCCCCAAAGCUCUCCAGCCAGACUGAGGUCACAGAUGUGGGAGAGUCCCUGAUGAGCCCGCUGACACGUGUGCACCCCUUUGCACCCCAUGCAGAGGUGCUCUCCUCCUUUCUCAGCCAUGGCCCCCCAUCCCUGACCUCAGCUUGGGAAGCAGCUCCUGCUGGGAGCAUGGCCUCAGCCCCCACCUCCUCCUGGGGCCCCCGUGGCUGGGGCAGGGGAAAGAGAGCCCUCAAAGGCCUCUUUCUGGUCUGUCUGGGGGUUCCCACUCCCACACACGUGCCCAGAGUAGGGGGCAUGGAGGAGAUGGUCCCUGUCCUACUGCAGGACACUGAGGGCUUGGCUGCCUGCCACCGCCGUCUGGAGCCCACCACAGUUCUUCUCCCUGUUCUCUGGGCCUGAGCCUGGGGCCACCCCCAAGUGCCGACUUGUUUCUCCCAGAGCCCCAGGUGCUGCCCCUUCUCUCCUGUUCCUCGUCCGUUUACUGCCGCAGCCCCUCCUGGUUCUUCUGGUGCUGGGGUGGAGCAGGCUCUGUGCUCCCACCACUGUACCCCGAAUCCCUCCUGCAGGCUCAUUGCCACUUUUGUAGAGAAUGUUCUCUAUCAGUAUCGUGCCUGUCUUGUCCGUUAAUGCUUUGGGGAUAGAGUGAAGAGUGGAAGGGUAGGGGUGGGGGCGGGAGGGGGUCUGCUCUGUGCUUGUGAGGACUGGGUCCUGUUCGCUGGAGUGUCUUCGAGACCCCAUGCUGUGCAUCUUUGCAGGGAUCCCUAGGCCUUUACCCUGCUCUCCUAGCUCAGCCCAGAAUUAGGAGCUGGUGGAGAGGCAGGGCUGAGAACUAGGGCAGGAGAGUCCCCCUGAGCAAGGAGGAUGGCUGAGCCUCCAGGCUUGUUGCCAGGGCCUGCAGCUAUGGAGGGCAGGAGGAUGCAUGUUCUCUCUUCCCACCAGUGCCUACCUGGGCUUUUCCAGAGAUGGGCAGAAACAUACUCCAGGAGGCUGCCGCCUGUCACCUGGGCUCUGGGCCUCUGGAGGGGUCUCCAUGAGGGCCCUCCAGAGGCCCAGAGGGGUCUCCAUGUCCCUCAUCACCACAGUUAGCUCGUGGGCAGCCUGAUUUGAAGCCCUGCUUUCUCCCAGGGGUGAGUCUCCUCCGUAAGCUGGUGCCUAGUGGGCUCUGUUUUCUCAGUCAGGUCUGAGAAAGGGCCCUGGAGUCAUCUUGCUCCAUUGCCUAAGCUGCUGGGCCAGUUUCUUCUGCCAAAGGGAGUUCAAGACAGUUCCCUUCCCUCAGCAUCAAUCAGAAAGGUCCCCAGGAUGUUGGUGCAGGAAGGUUGCCUAGCAACCAUCCAGGGGUUCCAAGCCACCUCCCUCCACUUUACAGAUGGAAAAACUGAGGCCCACAGAGGGGAAGAGUCAGACCCAGAACGCGGGUCUCUAGCUGCUGCCAUGCUCUCCUCACACUCAGGCUGCCAAGGGCGCUAACACAACAGGAUUCCACCUGCCAUGCCCUGGGGGCACAUCUCCCUGUGGCUUCUUUGGCCAUCCUGGUCACUGCACCCACCUCAGGAAAGACUCACUGGUCCUUGCCGCGAUGGUCCAGAAGAGGACACAGGGGUGAGGAAUGACAAGACAGAGAGCCGAGGGGCACUUUGGCAUCCCAGCAGAGAUGAACCAGAGGCAGCAGGAUGAGGGGCUCCAUGGGUCAGUGUGGCUCCAGGGCAGAAGCCUGGGGUGCCAGGAGCAGGAGCUGCUCCAGGGAGCCUGUGGGGAUGUUCAACACAAGCAAAGAGGAGAAUAUUACAUGGUAGGGGCUCAACUUUCAUGACUCAUUUCCCUAAAGAUUUAGAUCAAGAAUAGGGACAUUUACGAGGUCAGGAGAUCGAAACCAUCCUGGCUAACAUGGUGAAACUCUGUCUCUACUAAAAAUACAAAAAAUUAGCCUGACAUGGUCGUGGGCGCCUGUAGUCCCAGCUACUUGGGAGGCUGAGGCAGGAGAAUGGUGUGAACCCGGGAGGCAGAGCUUGCAGUGAGCCGAGAUCACGCCACUGCACUCCAGCCUGGGCGACAGAGCGAGACUCCGUCUC